UGCUUCCCUGUCGGCUUCUGCCUCCUCCUCUCUCUCUCUUCUGUAUCAGAUGGCUAUGGCUCCGUUAAACCCUAGCACCUGAAACCACCGAUCCCUCGAGCCCACCUCCGAGCUCCUCCCUCGUUCGCCCGCACGCUCCUCCGGCCACCGCCGUUCGACGCUCCGCCUUCUCCGCCCGCUCCGUCGCUCUUCAAGCAUCAGAGAGGCCUGGUUUUGUGCUGGCAUGGCCAAUAAUUCCCAAUCCCCUGGUGCACAGUCGCUUUGGCCUCCUCCAUCUGGAACUUUAGGUUCUCAGAGCUUUGGAUCGUCAAUACCCAUGCAAUACCGAGCGGUUAUUCCAACACAGCAAGGGCAGACAUAUCUUCCCCCCACUUCCCAACAUUUUCGACCAGCUGGACAAGAUCAACUACCUCAAUUUUCUCAUCCAAUGCAGCAGUUACCACAAAGGUCUAGUCAGCCUAGUUAUACUCCAUCAUCGCAGGCUUUGUCAAUGCCCUAUGCUCAAAUAAGUAGGCCUUUGUCGUCUAACUCUGCCCAGCCAAGUGCUCCUCCAUUUCAUAAUCCGAUGCCUGGUGUUGGUGGCCCUGGAGCACCUUUUGGUUCAUCUUACACUUUUGCACCACCUUUUGGCCAGCAACAGAAUAAUGUUGGUGCACCAUCUCAUAUUCAGCCGAUGACUCAAAUGCAUGCACCUGUUGCUGGACAGCCUUGGUUGUCCUCUGGAGCUCAUAAUGCAUUACCUGUGAUGCCAGUUCAGCAGACUGGACAACAAGCUCCAUUUACUUCCCCUCCAGAUGCAGCAGUUAAUGCUCCAAACCCCUCUCAGCAGUCAUCAUCUGAUUGGCAAGAGCACGAAGCUUCUAAUGGGAGACGAUAUUACUACAACAAGAAGACCAAACAGUCCAGUUGGGAAAAACCUCUAGAAUUGAUGACACCCAUUGAGAGAGCUGACGCAUCUACUGUGUGGAAGGAGUUUACAAAUUCAGAUGGAAGAAAAUAUUAUUACAAUAAGGAUACGAAGCAAUCUGUAUGGUCAAUUCCCGAGGAAAUGAAGUUAGCUCGGGAACUGGCUCUAAAAGCUAAUGUUGAAGGACUUGCGGAGUCAGGAACAACAGCUCAAGGCCCUGCUGCCAGUGAUAGUGGAUCAACUGAAGCACCUGCUACAGCAAAUGUUGUUAGCCCGGUUCCAGUCACUUCUGCUCUUCCUUUGCCUAAUGCAACCCAGCCGGCAAUAUCAGGUCCAUCAACUACUGUUGGUGUGCCUUCCCCCUCUGCAACGGUGAAUGAUGUUGGAUUUCAAGCUGCGGCAGUAUCUGCUUCCCCUGCUACCGUUCCAGGAAGUUCCAGCGUGUCUCCGACUUUUGGCACUGCUAACUCAUCAGGGGCUAGCUUUCAAACUGUGGUAUCUCAAGAUGGGGCAUUGUCCGUAGAUGGUGCCUCUUUGCAGGAUAUUGAGGAGGCAAAAAGAGGAAUGGCAGUGGCUGGGAAGGUUAACGAGACUCCUUUAGAGGACAAAGCCCCAGAAGAUGAACCCGUAGUAUAUCCUAGUAAGCAGGAGGCUAAGAAUGCAUUUAAAGCGCUUCUGGAGUCCGUGAAUGUUCAGUCCGACUGGACUUGGGAGCAGACAAUGAGAGAGAUAAUCAAUGACCGAAGAUACAGUGCUCUCAAGACACUUGGUGAGCGAAAACAAACAUUCAAUGAGUACUUGGGUCAAAGAAGAAAAGUGGAAGCGGAGGAGAGGCGCGUGAGGCAGAAGAAAGCAAAGGAAGAAUUCACAAAGAUGCUAGAAGAGUGUACAGAACUCACAUCUUCUGUAAAAUGGAGCAAAGCAGUGACUAUGUUUGAAAAUGAUGAACGAUUCAAGGCUGUUGAACGGAAUAGAGACCGGGAGGAUCUUUUUGAAAACUAUAUGGUGGAACUUGGAAGGAAGGAAAGGGAAAAGGCUGUUGAGGAGCACAAGCACCAUGUCGCAGAAUACCGAAAAUAUCUAGAAUCCUGUGACUUCAUUAAAGUGAACAGCCAGUGGCGAAAAAUUGUCGAUCGUUUAGAGGAUGAUGAAAGAUGCUCACGUCUUGAAAAAAUUGACAGAUUGCUCAUAUAUCAGGAUUAUGUCCGUGACUUGGAGAAGGAAGAAGAGGAACAAAAGAAGAUACACAAGGAACAAUUGAGGCGGUCCGAGCGGAAAAACCGCGAUGCAUUUCGUAAACUGAUGGAAGAACAUAUUGCUGCGGGCACACUCAAUGCUAAGGCUCUCUGGCAUGAUUAUUGUUUGAAGAUUAAAGACACGUCUGAGUAUCAGGCAGUUGCAUCAAAUACCUCCGGUUCGACUCCUAAAGAUUUGUUUGAGGAUGUCAUGGAGGAACUAGAGAAACAGUACCAUGAUGAUAAAACUCGAGCAAAAGAUGCGAUGAAAUUGGGGAAGAUCUCUAUUGCAUCAACAUGGACUUUCGAGGAUUUCAAGGCUUCUGUCUUGGAAGAUAUUGGUGCCCCACUUAUAUCAGAUGUUAACUCGAAGCUUGUGUUUGAGGAGCUUCUUGAAAGAGUGAAGGAGAAGGAAGAAAAAGAAGCAAAAAAACGUCGCCGUCUUGCUGAUGACUUCACUGAAUUAUUGUAUACGCUAAAGGAAAUAACCGCAACUUCUGAUUGGGACGAGUGCAAACCUCUGUUUGAAGAUAGUCAUGAAUUUAAAUUGAUGGGGGAUGAGAGCUUUAGUAGAGAGAUUUUUGAGGAAUACAAAGCGUAUUUGCAGGAGAAGGCAAAAGAGAAGGGACGCAAGCGUGAGGAGGAAAAGGCUAGAAAAGAAAAGGAGAGAGAGGACAAAGAGAAACGCAAGGACAAGGAGAGAAAAGAGAAGGAGAAAGAUCGUGAAAGAGAAAAGGGGAAGGAGAAAUCCAAGAAGGAUGAAACUGACAGUGAAACUGCAGAUGUGGAUGAUACACAUGAUUACAAGGAUGACAAGAAGAAAGAAAAGGAAAAGGAUAGGAAGCAUCGUAAGCGCCAUCAGACUGCCAGUGACGACGUCAACUCUGACCGGGAUGAAAAAGAUUCCAAAAGAUCUAAAAAACAUGGUAGUGAUCGCAAAAAAUCGAGGAAGCAUGCACACUCACCUGAAUCAGAAACUGAGAGCCGGCAUAGGAGACAUAAGAGAGACCACCGAGAUAGUACCCGCCGGAGUGGUUAUGAGGAGCUAGAAGAUGGCGAAGUUGGUGAAGACGGGGAAAUCCAGUAGUCCACAGUCAUGUCUUCUGUCUGGACAUUUACAUGCAAGAUUAGCAUUAAUUAGCUCAGUAAAAUUGUUACCCGUUCAAUUCUUUGAUGUUCAACAGUCUGGGAUGUUGCCAUUGUGAAACGGGGAUAAUGGCUAGCAAUGUCCGACUGGCUGCUGAAAAAUUGAAGGUUGAUGAGCAUAGAUCAAUAAGACUGUUGGUGAUAAUUUCUCUGUC